UGUUUGUCUUUCUGUCUGUCUGUCUGUCUGUCUGUCUGAAAGAUCGUUUAGAACGGUUUAUUGAAGGUAGCAAUACAGGACAACUUAUUCGUACAUUGGUGGCAAAACUACCACCCAAGUCGGGUGCAGAUGAUGACGAGCAGUUUCACACCUUAGAGCAGAUGACAGAAUACCCUAGAAAAUUGCAACAUCGCCUGACGGUAGACGCUUCUCAUAAACGAUCAGAAGAAGUUAUCAAAAGCAUGAACUCAGAGAGACAUGUUGCAAGGAUCAGGUCCUUACACGGAAAAGGAGCUGGAGCAUGGCUAGAGGUAAUACCAACUUCAGACAAGAACGCACUGAAGCCGAAUGAAUUUCGUGUAGCGUCUUGUAUGAGGUUGGGUGCUGGUUUGCCUUUCAGCCGGCUGCUUAAGACGUGUGACUGUGGAACUGAGCUGGAUCGCGAGGGCUACCACCUUUUGACAUGUAAAUAUGGAGGUGGACCUGUGUGGACGCAUAACUCCAUAGUGUCUGCAUGGAGUGAUUGCCUAAGCGAUUUACUCAUUCCCCAUCAAAUAGAACCGAGACAGCGAUUUGUAGACAACGAAAACCGGCCUGACAUCACGCUUUACGACACUGACACUGGGAUCACAAAAGAAUGUGAUGUUUCGAUAGCUCACCCUUGGAGCAAAGACAUUAUUAAAGGUGCAGCCAGAGAAGGUGGCCAUGCAGCAGCUAAACGAGAGGCAGCAAAGUCAAAAAAAUACUCAGAGGAAUCGCUUGCGGAUGGAUCGAAGCCUAUAGUUGUCCCACUCGUCUUUGAACACUUCGGCAGAUGGGGCUUAAAGGCUGACGAGCUGAUGAAUGAACUGGGGAAGAAGGCGAGAGGCUUUGAUGGAAGAAGAAUUGCGGUAGAGUUUAAAACCUUCUGGAGGAAAAGACUGUCUAUUACUCUUCAAAAAUGCAACAGCAGAGUGAUUUUGCGGAAGCUGUCAAGGCUUUCUGUGCGCUCAUUAGGAGAUGACAGUGUUUUGGGAGUAGAUAGAGACAUUCAGUGUUUUACUCAUUAGCAAUAGUCUCGGACUACAAGUAGAACAUUUCAUUUUAACAAUAACUGUUUGUAGUAGUGAAGAUUGUUGACAAUAAACUUGAUUCUGUCUGUCUGUCUGUCUGUCUGUCUGUCUGCCUAUCCUUCGGUCUGUUUGUCCGUAUGUCUGUCUGUCUGUCUGUCUUUCUGUCCCGUUUAGGUUGCUGUAGCCAAACGAAAGCAAGAAAGAUAUGAAGGAUUUAGAUCUCACUUCAAAAAUGGUAGAUGGUGGGCGAAAGUCUACAGUAACUCUACACAGUACAGAUUGGCUCCCGUCAUCUUUUAGACAUUCCUAGUUUGGAUAGUAUACAGGAAUUUGCAUCGCCUGGCAAGUCAAGAUCGUCGUUUUUCUUCUCUUACAUCAGCUCUGCAGGAUAUCCCUCGGAUGUUCGUUUGCAAUUUGGUGCAAAAGAAACACGUUUGACUGGAAGAACUGUCCUCUGGUUGACUGAACAAGUUUAACUGUAGCAAUUAGACUUUCAUUUUUCUUCUUUUUUUUUGUUGGACACUGUUAAUGUAUCCGUACUUAAUUAGUGUCUGGUGGCUUAUUAGUAGUUCUGGGCCAUAGAAUUGUUCUGUGUAGACAGGGGUCACAGGUAUGCUCGUAUAUUGGAAGAAUAAAACAAACUGUCUGUUUGUUUGUCUGUCUGUCUGUCUGUCAAGGAACAUUCUUGGAAAAUAUCAAUGCUAAUACACAGAAAAGGGUAUGUAUAUCACUGUGUCUGUCUGUCUGUCUGUCUGUCUGUCUGUUGUCUGUUUGUCUGUCUUUUUAUCUGUCUGUCUUUUUGUCUGUCUGUCUGUCUGUCUAUCUGUUUGUACUUUGGUCUGUUUAUUUGUAUGUCUGUCUCUUUGUCCUUCUGUCUGUCUGUCUGUCUGUCUGUCUGUCUGUCUGUCUGUUGGUUUGUUUGUCUGUCUGUCUUUUUGUUUGUCUGUCUGUCUAUCUGUUUGUUCUUUGGUUUGUUGUUUGUAUGUUUGUCUCUGUCCUUCUGUCUGUCUGUCUGUCUGUCUGGUUGUCUGUCAAAACUGUCACCUAAUCAUGGUGAUUUAGAUAUAUUAUUUGAUUUUGACAUUCAAGGCCAAGUCCAUUAGUUAAUGACUUUGUUGUUUGCAAGGACUGGUUUGCUUUUAAAAAAUCCUAGCAUAUGUACAAGUAGAAUCUGUAUGAGAAUAAAUUAUCUGUCUGUCUUUUUGUUUGUCUGUCUGUGUAUCUGUUUGUUCUUUGGUCUGUCUGUUUGUAUGUCUGUCUCUCUGUCCUUCUGUCUGUCUGUCUGUCUGUCCCGUUUGUCUGCUUGUUGUGUAUUUGUCUGCCUAUUUCUUGUUUGUGUUGUUAUUUAUU